AUGAAAGAUCGAUCGGGUACUGUCGCUAUUGAGAUUCGACCCACGUUAUUAUCUCCAAAAGACCUUAUAAUACGGUUUCAUGAAGUAGCAUUUGGUAAAUCAUUUGCUGCUUUUGCAUCGAAUUCCGGACUUUUUAGACGUCAAAAUGAUCAUGAAAUACUUGUAACAAGUCUCAAGGACUUGCAAGAUGGACAAGUGUUGAUCUAUAAACCCUGUGAAGAGCUCCGUACACUUGUAGAGCAAGGAUGUCUGACACCUGUGCUUGCAACUCAUUUUCCUGUGGCUGUAAGUCCAUCGAAUUCUCCCAUGGGAAUUAAACGGAAAGGAAGAGCCAAGUCAGUCACUAGUAAUGUUGAAAGAGUGCAUCGCUAUGCGUCAGAUUUAGCCAAGAUGGAUGUAUCCUCAAGAGAGAGAGAGUUAAUUGAAGAAAUGCUUAUUGUAGGUGACGAACAAGUUGUAGAUGCCAUGGAACAGUUUCUUGUACACCAGAAUCCUGAACUUGUGCGACGUGUGUUGCAUGGUCCGGCUGCUAAGAGGAAAAAUGCAGCUCUCGAGUGUCUUUCGAUGAAUUUCAAGUCCAUGGACAUGCACUCGCCUGUGGCCCCGACGUCUGCAGAUGACUUUAGUGAUCCUUUCUUGAUGGGUGGACAGAAUCUGUUUGUACGCGCCACACCUGCGUUGGAAGUGCAGCGACCUUUAAUGAUGAAUGUAGAGAAGCAUACGACGACGUCAUCAACUGAGAAAACACGCCCAUUGUUUAUGUUUGACGGUGAUGUGUUGUCCAAUCCGUCUAUUUUCCUACAGCCUAUCAAGGAGAAGGCGACGCCGCCAUCGGGACGGAUGUCGCUGUCGCUUUCAAACGAGCUGGAUCCGAGUAUGAACACACAGACACCGACGCAGCUCUUUUCGAUUGAAAAGCUGCUAGACAAUGUACCUGUUGCACGGGAUUUCCAUGACAAGUAUAACGUGGGCACCGUGCUGGGAUCUGGCAAGUACUCCGUGGUUAAGCGAUGUACGAACAAGUCAACGGGCGAGCAGUUUGCAGUGAAGAUUAUUGACAAGAGGCAGAUGACCGAGAUACGAUUUCUCAAGCGAGAGCUGGAGAUUAUGUAUGAACUGCGUCACGAUGGUGUCGUACGCCUUCUAAAGCUGUUUGAGAACAACGACUGUGUGUUUUUGGUCAUGGAGAUGUGCGGCCAGGAACUUUUUGAGUUUAUUGAUCGGAAUGGACCACUACCUGAGUCUACUACGCGUCCACUUAUUCGUAAGCUCGUGCGUACAGUUGCAUACUUGCACACUCAUUGCAUUGUGCAUCGCGACAUUAAGCCGGAAAACAUUUUGUUGCCCCCCAAUAGCCAAGACGUGAGCGAUAUUAAGCUUUCGGACUUCGGUAUCGCACGGAAACUGGAUGGCCACGGCCACGACAACGUUCUUACACCCCACGAAAGUUUGUCUGAGGUGGCAAACCUCCACGACGCACCAGGUGCAAGUGCUUCUGGUUUGCCGUGUGCAACCAACAUGGUGCGCAACCGCAUGGCCCGAGCUCACACUAAGUGUGGAACACGUGACUACAUUGCGCCUGAAGUCAUGAGUGGCAAGGGAUACGGCACCGAGGCUGAUCUUUGGAGUGUGGGCGUGGUGACUUAUGUGCUCGUAAGUGGAUGUGCGCCGGUUUUCUUACCAACGGCUGAAGGCGUGAAGAAAGUGUUUUUUUCGGAUGAGGCGUGGAGUGGUGCAUCCGACGACCUGAAGGGUUUUAUUGAGGCUCUACUUGUUCGUAAUCCGGAGAAGCGUAUUACUGCGACCGAUGCGUUAACCCAUCCAUGGUUGAAGUAA